GGAAAGCUCUUUUAGUGUUUUCUUAGCCUUUUCGGUUUGUGUAAAAAAAAAAGCCCACUUCUCUUUCGAGUUUGAAUAGCCUAUUUUCCCUCUGAAAGCUCCUUAUGAAAAAAGGCUGCAAGAGCACCAAAUGUUCGUGAAAAUGCCAACGAGAAACCCCUUCGUUGGCAUCGAGCAACCCAAGAGUCUCCGCAGAUCUCAGAGAUUUCUCAACCAUAAGACCACCACAGAACCACAGAGAGACACCACUCUACGAAAGUCCCCUAGACUCCACCCGAAGAAUACAACCUCAGAACCCGAAGAUCGGAAAACCCCCAAAUCUAAGUCCAAAAACCACAGGGCACGCUCUCCUGGUCCUCUUCUCAGCUCAGCGCAAGAUAAAAAGGAUUGCCCAGGAAAGGAUUCAAAGAAAACGAGCAAAUCUGAUAUCGGGACUAGAAAUGUCGCCAAUUUAUGUUCUGGGUCGAGAAGAUCUCCAAGGUUGAACAAUGGGGUCGAGGGGUCUCGGAGUCUCAGACGGUCCCCGAGAUUUUCUAAUCAGCAAAAAUUCGUCGAGGAGUGUACAGAUUACGCCGAGAAAGUUUCCGAAAAGACGAGGAAAUCUGACAUUGGGUUGAGUAGUGGAGGUCUAAGUUUUGGGUCGAGCAAGUCUCCAAGUUCGAAUUGUAGUAUUGAGGGAGUUGAAGGCCUUAGACGAUCCCAGAGGGUUUCUAAUCAGCGAAAUGUUGUUGAUAAACAUGUCGAGAAGAGUGGCAGCGCUAAGUCUUCGGAUAAAGUGGAUUUAACAGAUGUUGGGAAAGCUGAAUACAUUGUGGGGAAACGUGAAAGACAGACAAAGGGGAGUUCUAUUGGUCCUGAAGCGUUUAUGGUGAAAGGAAAAGAGAGGAAGGCUAAGGAGAUUGGGGUGGAGAAGAAGAGAAAGCGAGACGAGGAAGAUAGUGGGCUUAGUAAGGGGUGGACAAAGGAACAAGAAUUGGCAUUGCAGAGAGCUUAUUUUGCUGCCAAGCCGACACCCCAUUUCUGGAAGAAGGUUUCCAAACUGGUGCCUGGAAAGUCUAAACAGGAGUGCUUUGAUAAAGUUCACUCUGAAAAUUUAACCCCCCUUCAACCUCGGCCUCGAUCAAGGUCUAAGAAAGCAAAGUCUUCUCCCCUUCAACAUGUUUCACUUUCCGCAAGUAGAUUGCUUAAGCCAAGGAUUAAAAUGUUGAGAUGCAAGAAACAGAGGACUCAUCUUGCACAGAAAACAGUGAGACACUUGUUACAAAAGCAUAAUCAUGUGGACCAAGAAUAUGAAGCGGAUCUAUUUUCAGUACUUGAACCAAAUAUGGAUCCAUCUGCCCAAGCUUUUCAGCCGGGUGUUAUACUUUCCACCCCAAAGCGGUUGCAGGAAGAACAAGGAUUUCUUCAGAAGCCCCGUGAGAGAUCUUCUUCAAGCCGUAAAAAAUCCCUUUCAAGAUUUAGUGGCUCGUCUCUGACGUCUCUUGUUAGCCCCCCAGUACUGAAGCAGGUAAAAAAUAGGGUCUUACAUGAGAAGUAUAUUGACCAAUUGCAUUGUAGGGAAGCCAAAAGAAGAGUGGCAUCAGCACGGGCAGAAAAAUCCUUCGUUGUUAAAGAGGAUACAAAAGAUCAUGUUCAGAAGAUUGAUGUGGUUAAAGCAGCAAAGAAUGCGCUGGAAUCUGAAGCGAGAUGUGUUAUCAGUCAGUAUCAACUUUUGCAGGCCAAUGCCCUGAGCAACUCUGAUUUUAACGAUGAUGAUGGCGUUGACAGCAAUGAUCAUGAUGAUAGUGAUGAUGGAAUUUAGUCCCUUUGCUUCACUGAAAGUUUUCAAGAUCAAAUUGAGAUGUAAUUUUCUUCAUAUUGCUAAAUGCUAAUUGAAGCUGCCAUAUGGCAUAUGCGGCUGCUGACUUUGAGU